UCAUCAUAAUCACAGCCCGUGUCGGAUAUAUAAAGGUGUGACCCACUCUUGGCUAGGAUUCUGUGCAAGUUCAACAGUUAAGCAUAAUCAAGCCGUGCAAUAACAGCUCAGUAUCGUUAAAGUCACCCUCCGGUUACAAGUUGCUCAUUUCUGCCCACCAUGAAGCUCAUAAUUGCAGGUAGUUUGGUGGCAAUGGCAGUUGUCCUGCAAACUAUCCAAGGGGCACCACCACCCACCGCCAACGUAGUGCAGAACGACCCAGUAGCUGCAAGUAGCAGCAGUGCGUCUGGCUUUGUUCUGGACGAUCUGGAAGGUGCGGAAACUGCCCACAAGGGUUACGGUCAUAAAGGGGGCUACGGAGGAGGAGGAGGAUACGGUGGAGGCUACGGAGGAGGCUAUGGAGGGGGUUAUGGAGGCGGCAAACAUAGAGGAUAUGGAGGUGGCUAUGGAGGUCAUGGUGGAGGAUCUGGAGUGUUUAAAAUUGCUUUGAUUUACGGGGGUGGCCACGGCGGAUACGGCGGGGGACAUGGAGGAGGAUACGGAGGUGGAUACGGAGGAGGCUACGGUGGACAUGGUCACGGACACAAACACGGCCAUGGGCACUGGGGAUAAUAACGAGUUGAUAGUCAAUAGUUUUUAAGGAUAGUUAAAAUUGUUCAAAGAGGAGUUAGUAGGGUCCAUUACAAAUGAAAUAAAAUAUCUCAAACGUUAAAACUAAA